CCCCCCCACCGCUGGAUCUCAGAGGCCCCAUCAAUGGUUCACCAGCGGCUCCAUCAAUGGUUCACCAGCGGCACAUCUUUACGCAUCUAGCGCCAAAGGUCCAACAGGAAUACGUUAUGCCUGGCGCUCACCGGGGCGUUGGUUAGACCCAGGCCCGAGCCCACCAAACCAUGCCCGACGGGAGACCACCCUUCCCGGCCUACUUGUGGGGACGUCCCGCGCCUGGAGGUUUUUGCCCGACACCCACAAUCUCUGACCUGCCAUCAGGGUUUCGGGGAAGGCGAAGAAAUAUGGACUUAGUCUCUGGCAGUCCAGUUGCCAGACCCCACGGUGACUGAUCGAUAGGAGCUAGUGUGGCGCCCCAGGGGCUAGGCCCCCACCCAGGCCCCCCAAAGCACCAAUGGGGUCGGCCUCUAUGGGUGUGGCAGAUCCUCCCCGUCCUGGGCGCUCUAUCAGGGAGGCGUGGGGGUGUCCCUCCGCACACAGCGCCCCCCCUUCCCGCCCCGAUCUGUGGGUAAAGGACCCAGAUGGCCCGUCUGGCUAAAUGACCCAGAGCUUGUCUGCUGCUCAGCCUGCCCGCCAGCCCGCCCCCCUGGACUCCGUUUCCCCCGCGCCGAUACUCGGCCCGUGCCCCCGCCCCACGCCCCUCGCCCUGCGAGGGCUGGGGGAUGUUCGGUGGGUUCGGUCGAGUCACCCGGCGUGGUGAAUCGAGGCCCCAGGGGCAGCGUAGGGAACGAGCUGGUGUGGGCUUCGAUUCUACCCCCGCCCGAGUGUGUGCGUCUGCAUCCCGUCCGUCCGCCCGCAACGCCGCCCACCCCCUGGGUUUAUCCUUGCUGGCUCCCGGCUGACCCCCACCCCGCCUACCCUGCUCCCGGGGGAGUGAGGGUGGUUGGUUGGGAGGGGAAGCUAGUGGACUCCGGCGAGGUGAAACGUGCCAGGGUCAGUGGUGCCGGGGUUACGGGCUGUCUGGACCCCCCUUUCGAUGGUUGGUGCGUAUCCCAUGUUGGUUGUAGCAGGUCACAAAAGCUCCCGCGGCUGGCGCGUGUGGAGCUGUCCCCCCCCGAUGGGGCUCAAACAAUCAAUCCCCUUUUUGGGGUGGAAAAAGUGAACGUGAAUGGCUGUGGAAAAGCUCCCGCUGGCCAGAACAGCAAAAUGAAGGGGGGAUAGGGAGUGAGGUGGGACACCCCUUCCCCAACUCGAGUCGUGACAAGAGAGAGAGGUGUCGAACCGCUGACCGGGGCAACGAUGAAGGGGCGGUGGGGUGAAUUGUUUAACGGGACACCCCCUCUGGUUCCUUUGAAAAGGGGGGAAGGGAAUGAGGUGGACACCCCUCUCCCCCCUACUUGAGAAGUCGUAACAAAAGAAGGCUUGAACCGAAUGGAUCUCCGUAGGGCAUCGGCUUACACCUCCUGGUGCGGGGGGGUGUCCUUCCCCUUUAAGAAAUACGGGUCCACCAACGUCAUGACGCGGAAGUGGACGCCGCCUCCGGCCGUUUAUUAACCGCCGCACGUGGCGUGCGGGCCCCUUUCCCCCUCUGCAUUGGCUCUGGCACGGUCAUGGCUGAAUGUGCCCUAUGCUUCAACGUCUACAGCCGGCUUGCGCCUCACCUGACGGCCGUUCACAAGGUGGCCAACUCGGACGAGAAGCGGCUGCUUCUCGCGCUGGCCGCCGGCCGCGUGGACACGCGGAAGACACCGUGCCCGGUCCCGGGAUGUCGCCGGACGCCAGCCCGCCUAGAUAGGCACUUGAGGCAGCACGCGGAGCUCUCGACCUCGGGAAGGAAAGAGGCUAUGGGGAGGGCGAAACGCCGGAAAGUAGCUCGGGAGUUGCAGUGGCUGCGGUCCACCCAGCCUGCAAUCCCUGUCGUGUCCCAGCUAGCAUCGUCCUCCGAGGGGGAGCGGGACUCGGAGGACCCAGAGGCCGGCCGCCCGUGCGCCGACCGCGGCUGCAGGCGCGCCACCGAGCGCAUACAGGCUCAGCUCACGGACCUGGGGAAACAGGUUACCAAGAUGCGGUCCACCCUGCUCCAAAUCACACGCCUCUACCGGGAGCUAAGGAAGGGAGAAGGGGGGAGAAGGAGGAGGAAGAGGGCCAGGAGAACCAGGUCGCCUCCUGCACCACCGCCUCCCGGGCGAGGGACGGCCGGAGGUCCGACGCCCCCCGAGCCUCCGGAGGCUUUGGAGCCCACUGCCUACCCGUUCCCGGACCACGUCCCCGCGCUGAACCUUCUCUUGGGGGAGUUCGAAGGGUACCAACUGGGCAGCGAGCCCACCCCCCGCCUGCGGAACAACGUCACUUCGAAGCUGGGGAGAAUCAAAGCCUUCCUUGGUUACAUGGCCAGGGGCACUGCGGAGCCAGGGGACUUCCUCUUCCUCAACCAACCAGCCCGAAUCCGAGCGUGGGCCGCCCGGCUAGGUCAGACGCGCAUGGCCGAGUCCACCAGGCAGCACUACCUGAAGAACGUGGCUCAGUUCCUAGACUACCUCUCGGAGACGCCGCCGGCCGCCUGUCAGCUCUCCAGCACGGCUCUGGUUCUGAUUCGAAGGGAGGUCAGAGCCCUCAUCCGCGGCAUACGCCGGCGUGUCGUCGUGCACGAGGUAAGGACCAAGCAGGCGAAGGAAAGCCGACUGAUCCCCAAGGCCAGCCUGGUGCGCUGUCACCGGACCGCUGGGAGGAAAAUUCCCGCCCUGCUAGAUAGCCUCGAAUCCAACCCAAGCACUAGGCAACAGUGGCGCUUCUAUGGCUUUCUGACUGGCUAUCUAACCUCCAUCUCUGGGCACCGCUGUGGAGUCUUCCAGAAUCUCACAAUCCAGGAGGUUGAAGAGGCCUCCAGAAGCCCCGACGAGUCUGCUUAUGUCAUUAACAUUACCACUCACAAAACAAACAGAGCCUUUGGGGCGGCUCAGCUGUCCCUAAACAGGGAGGAAUACAGCUGGUUCCGCAGGUUUUUGGCGCUGCGGGCUGGUCUCCCCGGAGGGAGCCAGGCUACCUAUUUCUUUUUCACUUCCAGAGCCAGUCCUUGUCGGACCCUGAACAAGUACUUUCAGUCUGCUUGGCUCAGUAUGGGCCUUCCAGGCAAACCCACCUUUACUGACGUACGCACUGCGAUCGCGACUCAUGCAAAGAAUGCACACUCUUCAGAGGAUCGCCGCAAGGUGGCGCAAUUCAUGUGCCAUGACACUUCAACCUCAGAUAAGUUCUACGCACUUCACCUCGGACCUCUCCAAGCACGCGAGCGCCGCAGACUCUUUGAAAGGGCCCUGGUGGAGGAGGAGGAGGAUGGGGAGGCAGCGGGCACUGAAAGCCCCCCGCGGAAAGGGCGCAAGAGGACAGAGACUUCCGUCUCUCCCCUGGCGGCAAACUUCAUUAAACAAGGAGCUCUCAAAGUUACGGGCUUGAUCCGUAUGGAUUUCCAGGGGAACUCCAAACUGAGAAACAAAGUGAAACACCAACUUCUUUGCAGUAGUCUCGGCUCCUUGCUCAGGAAUAGGGAAGGCUUCUACCCAAUGAGUAAACUGAUCAAUUAUGACAAGGAUAAACCGGUUGCCUGA